AAUCGCACCAAAAUUCAAAAGGAAAUAUAUUCACUAUUUCAAUUAGUAAUGAAAUUAACAAAGAAAAAUAAAAACCGAGAGAAGCGAGAGGAAAUCAUAGCUGGGCUGCUGGACACGGAGCUAGGCUACUGGAGACGGAGUUGGGUUGCUGGAGACAGAGCUAGGUUGCUGGACACGAAGCUUGGCUGCUGGGGACGGAGCUCGGCUACUGGAGAUGAAGCUCGGUUGCUGGAGACGGGUGAAUGGAGCUUGGCUACUGGAGAUGAAGCUCGGUUGCUGGAGACGGGUGAAGAGAAACAAGAUGCAAGAUCUAGCCCUGCACCACCGGUUCACCAAGUCCAAGAUCUAGGGCGCCGAUUCACAAAACAGGAAGGAGGAGCAGCAGCAGCUGCACGCCCUGCACCACCGGUGAAGAGGGUCGGAUCGGAGGGCAAGGGGUCAAAUCCGGUACGUAUCGUCCGGUACGAGAUUGACUUCUUUGGUUUUGACCCAUUUUUGGAAGUUAGAGUUACUGUUCACGUCGUGGUACUGUUCAUCGAACACUGUUCACAGAACACUGUUCACACAUCGAGGGCCAACAAUUAACGAGGAUUUAAGUGAUUAGUUUGUGAUAUAAGAACGAAUUUGGAGAUAUCUGAUAAUGUGGAGAUUUAUAGAAAUAACAUCGUGAUUAAGGGUAGUCUUAAUUAUGAUUUCAGUGUGAAUUUGUGAUAGUACGAUAAUUAAUUCGUGGAUAUUUUGAUUAUGUUCUUGAUCGUUCUGUCAGUUUAGUACGUGAAUUGAGUGCUCGGUUUUGCGGAGUGAGGUAAGUAAAUUUAUGGUAAUGCCCGUACUGUUUUUAAAAGCAUGUUUUGAUUUGUUUUUGAAGUGGUGGCUGGACUAAACCCGUUUUACACGA